AUGUACGAGGUUUCGUGCGUGGCUGGUAACAAAGUAGACGCGGCAUACGCAGUCAAGAGCUUGUCCAACGUGAUACCUCCGGGUAUGGGGCACUCGGUGUCCGUUCAGCGCCACCAUGCGCACUCUCAGUCGUACAAACACAAACCUGAACCGCCCCCGGUCAGCAAACCGGACGCGAUCAAGUCUCACGUCAUGAGACUUUUGAAGCGAUCGAAGAGCCACACACCAGCUACUAGGGCGGCAGAGAACCAAGUAGACCCACGCACGUUCGAUCGCAGAACAGUGUUCUCCAAGCCGGUGUCUGAUGAGCAAAGGCGUCGGAGGAAUUCCUCGGAACGCCGACGCAGCGGUGACAAAAGAGUGAUGGUGACGAUUGUUGAUGGCCUGCCAGUUGUGGUCACUGGGCAGAAUCCACCUCCGCCUCAUCACCCGCCACCCGUGACGCACCACAGACAUUCGCAUAGAGAUAAGGUGAGUUUUUAUCUAUUGUAA